AUGAAGCACACGCCCUUCAUACAGCAAGGCUUCGCCUUGGCAAACCAGUACGAUGCAGAUGAUAGUCUCCAACAGGUCCUCAAUCUUUACUUGUCUCCAGAUGUACGUGCGGCAACAGAAAAGGAUAUGCGCGCAUUGGGCGCCCUGGCCGUCUCGCGCGAGCAGCUCGAGCACUGCGCUGAAGCAGAGCGCAAUCAGCCUUAUGUCGAACACUACGACACCUUUGGCAACAAGACAAGCAAGCUAGUCACAUCUGCUGGGUGGAAAUAUAUGAAGAAAGUGGCAGCAGAGCAAGGCCUUGUUAGUGUCGGCUAUGAGAAUGCGUAUGGCGACAAAACGCGCGUAGUGCAAUUUGCUCGUCUCUACAUCAUGAAUUGCUCCAUGGCCACAUUCUUGUGUCCUCUUGCAAUGGCAGACGGUGCUGCGCGCAUCAUGAAGGACUUUGAUCGUGACAUUUACGAUCGUCUCAUUAGCCGAAAUCCCGAGGAGAUGUGGACGAGUGGUCAAUGGAUGACGGAGCGUAGUGGGGGUUCUGACCUCAGCAAUUACGAGACCGUUGCGGUACAUGAUGGCACUGGAUAUCGACUUACAGGCUUCAAAUGGUUCUCGAGCGCAACAGAUGCAAACAUGUCCCUUGCCCUAGCUAAAACGCAAGAGGGCAUUUCUCUCUUCCUCGUCGAUUUGGAGGCAGCUGGUUCUUCUAUUCAGAUUGCGAGGCUCAAGAAUAAGCUUGGAACGCAUGCUUUGCCCACUGCUGAACUUGAAUUGAAUGGCGUGCCUGCACGCUUGAUUGGCCAGGCGGGUCGCGGUGUCAAGGCGAUUUCCACCAUUUUGAACAUUACGAGAAUCUACACUGCAGUCACAGCUUGCUCUGGUUUGCGUAGAGCAUAUGGAAUCGUCAAGGCUUAUUCGGAGGUUCGCAUGAUUAAGGACAAGAAGCUGAUUCAGAAGCCAUUGCAUCAAAGGACCAUGACACAGCUGCUUGUCACACUAACAGCUCUCACGCAUUUGUCGUUCUAUGUCACCGCGCUGCUCGGCAAGGACGAGGCUGGUACUGCGUCACCUGAAGAGCGUAUCCUACUGCGAUGCCUGACACCUCUUGCCAAGGCGUUUGUCUCCAAAAAGUCGCAUCUCGGCGUAGGUGAAUGUUGCGAAGCAAUGGGAGGUCUUGGUUACAUUGAGACAGCGCUGAAGGAUCCUGCUUCACGAAAAGUCCUUGCUGAGCGAUUCAACAUGGCGCCCAUUUCGAUCGCAGAAGAAGCUGAUCUGAAGGAUGUCAUGUUUGAUGUGGCUCAUGGAGUCUGUGCGACAUUGUUGACAGAAGCAGCAGUGACACUGAAGGAUGACAGACUGCAAGAGAUGGCAAUUAGGUGGAAUUCACCCAGAAACAGGGGCGAGCGCUCAGAUGCCUGGUUGUUGGGUGUGGACAAUUCAGCACGUCUCUAG